AAGAAGAAGAAGUAGUAGUAUAGAAAGCUCCAGAUCAACAUGGCCGCCUGCAUGAAGAUAUUCCAUGCUGCGAGACAGCUGCACAGAAAUUCGGCCCUUGUUGUAAAACCAAACUGGUUUGGGGUAUUCAGCCAGCCCACCCUGACCGACACAUCAGCCUUGAGCCGGCUCCAUCCUCCACGGUUCUACACCAGCACCGGGACUUCACAGAAAACAUGCCCCAACCGCUUCUCUAACAUUCCAGUCAGCACAGCAAUGACAGCUCGUUGCAGGCUGAACGCCAGAUCUCACCGGUGGAUACGGAUCGGCGCCGUUCAACGCUGCCACACCGAUCUCCUAACACCGACCUCUCGGCCCUACAUGUUUCAGGACAGGAUGUUCGGGAACCGGGCCAGUGGUGCAGGCUUCUCCGGGGAGGACGGCGGGGACAGUGCAGGCUCUGGGGGAGAAGAGUCUGGGGGAGAUGGGGGAGUGCUGUACAACGGACCUCAGAUGACGGCUCUCACCCCCAUGAUGGUCCCAGAGGUGUUUCCCAAUGUUCCGCUUAUCGCUGUGAGCAGGAACCCAGUAUUCCCCCGCUUCAUCAAGAUCAUAGAGGUAAAAAACAAAGCGUUGAUGGAGUUGUUGAGGAGGAAGGUUCGUCUGGCUCAGCCGUAUGCUGGAGUAUUCCUGAAGAGAGAUGAUAAUAAUGAGUCAGAUGUGGUGGAGUCUCUAGAUGCCAUCUACUCUACAGGGACCUUUGUUCAGAUUCAUGAGAUGCAGGACCUGGGAGACAAGCUGAGGAUGAUCGUCAUGGGACACCGCAGGAUCCGGAUCACAAGACAGCUGGAGGUGGAACCUGAGGAGGCAGCGACGUCCCCUGCGUGGUCAGAGUCUGAGGCAGAGUCACAACCCAAACCUCCACCGAGACGCAAAGCCAAACGCAGCCGCAAGGACCAACCGGGCUUUCUGACAGAGCAGCUGGAGGACAAGAUUUCAGAAGCAGACCUGAGUCCAGAGCUUCAGCCGCUGCCCUCCUCCAACAUCCUGAUGGUCGAAGUGGACAAUGUUCAGCAUGAACAGUUCACUGUCACAGAGGAGGUCAAGGCGCUGACAGCAGAGAUAGUGAAGACUAUCAGGGACAUCAUUGCACUCAACCCCCUCUACAGAGAGUCAGUCCUCCAGAUGAUGCAGGCUGGUCAGAGAGUGGUUGAUAAUCCCAUCUACCUCAGCGACAUGGGAGCAGCUCUGACAGGAGCAGAGUCACAUGAACUACAGGACGUCCUGGAGGAAAUCAGUAUCCCGAAGCGUCUCUACAAGGCUCUGUCUCUGCUGAAGAAGGAGUAUGAGCUGAGUAAACUGCAGCAGCGACUGGGCCGAGAGGUGGAAGAGAAGAUCAAACAAACUCACAGGAAGUACCUGCUACAGGAGCAGCUCAAGAUCAUUAAGAAGGAGCUGGGUCUGGAAAAAGAAGACAAAGAAGCUAUUGACGAGAAGUUUAGAGAGAGACUCAAAGAGAGGACUGUCCCUCAGCACAUAAUGGACGUCAUCAACGAAGAACUCAACAAACUGGGACUGCUGGACAACCACUCGUCAGAGUUCAAUGUAACCCGUAACUACCUGGACUGGCUGACUAGCAUGCCCUGGGGUACCAACAGUGAAGAGAACUUAUCACUGGAGAGAGCCAAAGAUGUUCUGGAAGAAGACCAUUACGGAAUGGACGAUGUUAAGAAACGCAUAUUGGAAUUCAUAGCAGUGAGCCAGCUGCGUGGCUCCACCCAGGGGAAGAUCUUGUGUUUUUACGGUCCUCCGGGUGUAGGAAAGACCUCCAUCGCCCGCUCCAUAGCCAGAGCCCUCAACAGACAGUACUUCAGGUUCAGCGUGGGAGGCAUGACCGAUGUGGCUGAGAUUAAAGGACACAGGAGGACGUAUGUUGGAGCGAUGCCAGGGAAGAUUAUCCAGUGCCUGAAGAAAACCAAAACAGAGAACCCUCUGGUGCUAAUAGACGAGGUGGAUAAGAUCGGUCGUGGUUACCAGGGCGAUCCAUCCUCCGCAUUGCUAGAGCUUCUAGAUCCUGAACAGAACGCCAACUUCCUCGACCACUACCUUGAUGUUCCUGUAGAUCUGUCAAAGGUUUUGUUUAUCUGCACGGCAAAUGUGAUUGACACCAUCCCAGACCCUCUUAGAGACAGGAUGGAGAUGAUCAAUGUGUCUGGAUAUGUCGCUGAGGAGAAACUGGCUAUCGCUGAGCGUUACCUGGUCCCUCAGCUCCGCUCUCUGUGUGGUCUAACUGAGGAGAAGACCUCAAUCUCAUCUGACGCCCUCAGUCUGCUCAUCAGGCAGUACUGCAGGGAAUCUGGAGUCAGGAAUCUUCAGAAACAAGUUGAAAAGGUUUUCCGUAAGGUGGCAUUCGGUAUUGUCAGUGGUGAGCAAACUGCAGUGACUAUUACACCUGACAAUCUGCAGGAUUACGUUGGAAAACCUGUUUUCACAGUGGAUCGAAUGUACAAUGUCACCCCACCAGGAGUGGUUAUGGGGCUGGCAUGGACUGCUCUUGGAGGGUCGACGCUGUUCAUCGAAACUUCACUGCGCCGUCCUUCUGGAGGAAUGGACCCUAAAGGAGAGGGGUCACUAGAGGUUACAGGUCAGCUGGGUGAUAUUAUGAAGGAAAGUGCAAAGAUCGCUUCAACCUUUGCCAGAGUCUUCCUGAUGACCCAGGAACCAGAAAAUCACUUCCUGGUCAACUCCCACCUGCACCUGCAUGUCCCUGAGGGGGCGACUCCCAAGGAUGGACCAAGUGCUGGUUGCACCAUUGUCACAGCAUUGUUGUCCCUGGCAACCAACCGGCCGGUGCGUCAGAAUGUAGCCAUGACUGGUGAAGUGUCACUGACCGGCAAAAUACUGCCAGUAGGUGGAAUCAAAGAGAAAACUAUUGCUGCCCGUCGUGCAGGUGUGACCUGCAUCAUCCUUCCAUCUGAGAACAGGAAGGACUUCUCUGACCUGCCGGACUACAUCACACAGGGCCUGGAGGUCCACUUUGUGGAUCACUACAGCCAAAUCUACCCCAUCGUCUUCCCACAGAACUAGUCACAACUUGCUUUCAACUACAGCGCUAAGACCAAGCCAAGCAGGACCAGGACUUCUUUUUAUGGCACUUCAGAACCUAGAACCUGUUUGUUACCACAUGACACUGAUUGUAGGCCUAGUUAGUAAAAUCCAGUUACUUUUUGAGUGAUUCUUGUACAUACGCAGUUUGGACUCUGAGGUCCUGCUGUGGAGGACACAGGACCCCCGAAUGUAGGAGGACUGUCAUGUGAUAGAGGACAACAUCUCUGAACUGAAACCAUACAGCCAACUGUGCCAAAGAUGGACAUACACAGUAAAGUGAUGAUGGUGAUGAUGAACACAGGAUAUGAUGUCAUUGAUGAGUAGAAAUUGGGGUGGCGACUUUGCUGCUAGGUAGCCUUUUUACUUUUAUUCCUUAUAUUAUUUUAUAUUAUUGGCCAUUUGUGAUGAUGAUGUUAGAUGUAUCUAUCUAUCUAUGAUGAUAAUGUUGAAAUUAAAUAAUAAACACAACUCUG